AUGGUAGAAAAUGGAUUUCUUCCAUCACGUUUAUUGGGUUUGAGAAAAUCAUGGGAAUCAAAGUAUAUCAAUGAUUUAGAAGAUUCAUAUGGACAAGAAUGGACAAAUGAACAACGUAAACAACUUGAAUUCACUUGUCAUACAGGAUUUUUUAUUACGAUUGUCAUUUGUCGAUGGGCUGUUUUAAUGAUUUGUAAAACACGAACCAAUUCUAUUCUAAAACAAGGAAUGAAUAAUUGGAUGUUAAAUUUUGGUUUGAUUUUUGAAAUUGUUUUAGCUGCUGUUAUCUUUUAUACACCUUAUUUGAAUACCACUCUUCAUACACAUCCACUCAAAUUUCGUUGGUAG